AUUGGAAUAUGGGGCAUGGGUGGCAUAGGUAAGACUACCCUGGCAAUUGCUUUACAUGCCAAACUAUUCUCUCAAUUUGAAGGCCACUGCUUUCUGGGAAAUGUAAGGGUACAAGCAGAGAAGCAUGGUCUCAAUGCCUUACGCAGAACACUUUUCUCUGAGUUGUUCCCAGGAGAAAAUCUUCAUGUACAUGUGCCCAAAGUUGAAUCCCAUUUUAUAACGAGAAGACUUAAACGCAAAAAAGUUUUUCUUAUUUUGGAUGACGUGGCUUCCUCGGAACAGUUAGAAGAUCUAAUCGGUGAUUUCAAUUGUUUCGGACCAGAAAGUAGGGUGAUUGUAACAACUAGAGAUAAACACAUAUUUAGCCAUGUUGAUGAGAUAUAUGAGGUAAAGGAAUUGAACCACCAUGACUCUCUUCAACUUUUCUGUUUGAAUGCUUUCAGAGAAAAGCAUCCCAAGAAUGGAUUUGAAGAGCUAUCAGAAAGUGUACUUGCCUAUUGCAAAGGCAAUCCUUUGGCGUUAAAAAUUUUGGGUGCAUGUCUUCGUUCAAGAAGUGAACAAGCAUGGAACAGUGAAUUGAGAAAGCUUCAAAAGAUUCCAAAUGUGAAAAUUCACAAUGUUUUAAAAUUGAGUUUUGAUGAUUUAGAUCAUACUGAGCAGGACAUAUUUCUAGACAUUGCAUGCUUUCUCAAAGGAGAAUAUAAAGAUCACGUAAUAAGUCUACUGGAAGCAUGUAAUUUGUUUCCAGCCAUUGGAAUAGAAGUCCUUGAAGACAAGUGUCUUAUAACUAUUUCACCUACACGUACAAUAGAAAUGCAUGAUCUGAUACAAGAAAUGGGUUGGAAUAUUGUUCAACAAGAAUCUAUCGAAGAUCCUGGUAGGCGAAGUCGAUUGUGGGAUCCUGAAGAGGUGUAUGAUGUGCUGAAAUAUAACAGGGGAACUGAAGCAGUAGAAGGCAUAAUUUUGGAUCUGUCUAAAAUUGAGGAUCUACAUUUGAGCUUUAAUUCCUUUAGAAAGAUGUCUAACAUAAGAUUUCUUAAAUUCUACUUUGGAGGGGAGUGGAGUGGCAGAUGUAAAAUAUACCUUCCUAUGAAUGGUCUUGAGACAUUGUCUGACAAAUUAAGGUACCUUCAAUGGCAUGGAUAUUGUUUGGAGUCUUUGCCAUCAACCUUUUCUGCUAAAUUUCUUGUUGAGCUUGCCAUGCCCUACAGCAACCUUCAAAAGCUUUGGGAUGGAGUUCAGAAUCUUGUGAAUUUAAAGGACAUUAACCUCGGAUUCUGCGAAAACCUGGUUGAGGUUCCAGACUUAUCUAUGGCGACAAAUCUCAAAGUGUUAGCUCUUCCUCAGUGUAAAAGUCUGCGUCAAGUUCAUCCAUCCAUAUUGUCUCUCCCUGAGCUUCAGGUUCUGGAUUUAGAAGGCUGCACUGAGAUUGAAAGCCUUCAAACAGACGUUCACUUAAAAUCUCUCCAAAACCUCCGUCUUAGCAACUGCUCAUCCCUCAAGGAUUUUUCAGUAUCUUCAGUUGAACUUGAGAGGUUGUGGUUAGAUGGCACACAUAUCCAAGAAUUGCCCUCAUCAAUUUGGAAUUGUGCAAAACUCGGUCUUAUCAGCGUACGAGGUUGUAACAAUCUCGACAGUUUUGGGGACAAGUUAUCUCAUGAUUCGAGAAUGGCAUCUUUAAAUAAUCUGAUACUUUCUGGAUGCAAACAACUCAAUGCAUCGAAUCUGCAUUUUAUGAUUGAUGGUUUGCGGUCUUUAACAUUUCUGGAGUUGGAAAAUUCUUGCAACUUAAGAACACUCCCUGAGAGCAUUGGCUCGUUAUCAUCAUUGCAGCAUUUAAAACUAAGCGGAAGCAAUGUUGAGAGCUUGCCUGCAAGCAUCAAGAACCUUCUGAUGCUGAGAAGCCUUUAUUUAGAUAACUGCAUGAAACUUGUGUCUCUGCCUGAACUUCCACUGUCUCCGUGGUCUUUAAGUGCAGCUAACUGUACAUCUUUGCUGACAAACUUCACUCAACUGAACAUACCCUUUCAACUUGAACAAGGACUAGAACAACUCCCUGAAUCUCUUUUCAUUCCUGGAGACCAUGUUCCUGACAGGUUCAGCUUUCAUGCUCAAGGGGCUUCAGUGACUAUUCCGCAUCUUCCACAUGUUGGCUUAUGUGGCUUUAUUUGUUGCCUCGUUCUUUCUCGGUCACACCCUAAUGGAAAAUACGAAUUUGUCAAGUGUUCUAUCUACAAAAAUUCCAAAAGUAUUGAUAGUGAACUCACCUCACUGGGUUGUGAGAGUUUGAGUUUGGAUCAUGUGUUUCUUUGGUUUGUUGACAUCACAGAAGGUGGAGAUGAUUCUAUGCUUAGGAGAAUACAAAAAGGUGAACCGUGUGAUCCUUGCAACAUAUCAUUUGAAUUCUUUCUCGAAGACAAGGACGGAGAAUGGACAAUGGAGGGGAUAAAGGGGUGUGGGGUUUACCCCAUAUAUGCAUCUGAACAUGGCUAUUAUUCUAAACAAAAGGGGUUAGAGUUGAAGUUUGGGUAUAGCUCUAGAGAUAUUGUGGAGUUAGAACCCAACAGCUCUAAUGAUAUUGAUGAGUUAAAAGACAAAGGAUCUAAUCAUGACAAUGAAGAUAAUCAGACUAAGAAAUUGCAGGAAGUUAUGCACCAAACAAGUACAAAAGGUGUGCAGCAUGUUAAAAUGGAAUCUAAUGACAAUUCUUCGUGUCACCAUUUCAUAGCUUCAACAUCAGGUGGUAUAAAGACAGAACCACAAAGUUUCAAGGAAGAGGAUUGCUAUAUAAUGUCAACACCUGAAAAUCAAAUUAUCCCCUUUGACACUCUAAGUGCUUCCAACAUCGAUUCAAAUCAUACUGCUGAAGUGUCAGAAGAAAAAGACUUGACAUCCAAUCAAGUAGAAAAAUGUUCUCAGCCAAUCAUGUUUGAGAAAGUUCAUGCUGUUGUGGAGAACGACAAUCUGCAUCUUGAACUAGAUUGGGAUCUAAUUGCUGAGCUCAACAGCAUGUUAUGUGAUAGUUACAAGAGUUUUCCCAUGCCAACUCUCUCAACUUCUGUUUCAGGUUCAAAUGUAGCGGCUAUCCUUGAAAAAUUAGAGACCCUUUUGGUGACAUCCCUUGAAACUAUCUCUUGUGAUGAUGAAGUCAAGCAACAAUUCCAUCAAGUGUUGGAUCAACUUGUCCAAUUUGAAGACCAAUUUCCUGUUCAGCUUCGUCCUGUAAUUAACAAGUUAAAAGUUUUCAUCGAAGGUGUUGAUGUUAGAUAUGUGGCUGCCCAAAAAACUAUCCAAAAUUAUGAUCAGCUGCUCCAAUCAAGGUCUCUUCUAUCAAAGCAUUUGGAAAGUGCCAAAGCUCGACAGUACCAUAUUAAUUCUAAAGUCUCUGAAGGUAAAAUACAAUUUGAAAAGAUCAAUUCUGAGAUUGUUGAACUAGAACAAAAGUUAAGGAUUUUGGUUGAGACCAGAGACAAGCUAAAGAGAGACUUGGACAAUUGUGAUGUUGCGAAUAACAAACUAAAGACUAAGGCUGCACAAUGGUUGCCAAAAUGCAAAAGUGUCACCACAGCUUUGAAGGAAUCCGAGGCUUCUUACAAAGUGGCCCUAACCAAUAAGAAGAAAACCGAAGAUGAAUGGGCUGAUCUGAAGAAGACUUUUGUGGCCAAAUGAUUUGAAUUGUCACCAGCUUAUGCAUAUUUUGACAUUAGGUCUUAGCAAUAUGCACUUGUUUUACUAUUUUCAAUUUUCUAUCAUCUUUCAAGGUUUAUAUUGGACGUUUGUUUAUUUUGAUAUUGGAUCGUUAAUUUUCUAUACUAUUUGUAACUGUUUUAAGUUCACAAUGAACAAUUUGUUUUGCCAGCUAACUACGCAUCAAAGUUGCUACAUUUACGCUAAAAUGCUAUUAUAUUAUUGUAGUAGAUUUUCAAUCAAUAAAUAAAUAGAUAGAAUGUCUCA